AUGGACCGUUUCCCACAGUGUGACCAACUUCAUUAUGGGACUGGAUAUAAUUAUGGUUUUCCAGAGGUACUUUUCCUAGUAGAACCUCCCCUGCCACAUUAUCAUGAUUUAUAUGAGUAUGAUUAUGAGACCAAGAGGUAUAAAAUACCUGCUGCUUUGGACAAAGUCUCUCCUAUUAAUUAUCCCUUGUAUACCUUCGUACCAACAUUAGCAAGGGUUCAUAAGACGCUCGCAGACAAAGUCCACCCUAAACAUGUAUCAUCUAUUACUGCAACGUUAGUAUCCAAACAGUUGCACAAAAUCUCCAUAAAUCCUCCUAACCCAAUCACUCACUGUGAGAUUACUUUACCCGUUAAUGUUUCAAUUUUGGCUUCAUGCAAGGGUCUGCUUCUCAUUUACUUUGAUAAAGUUGGGUUCUGUGUUUUUAAUCCUAUAACUGGUGCAUAUCGACUGAUAUCUGACCCAGAGAGCACAAAUAACUCUCUGAUGAUUGGUAAAGCAGGCGUGUGGCGUGAGUUCCAAUACAGAAUGAAUUUGAGCAAUAAUAGUACUUUCAGACAUUUUUCUGUGUAUAAUAGAGCUGUUUAUGUGAAUGGUUCCUUGCAUUGGCUCAGGAUUGAUGGCAGUGUUGUUGCUUUUGAUACAAAGAGAGAACAUACUAAAAUUAUUAACCCUCCUGAGUUCAUCAGUCGAUGUGUCCACGGUAACAUAAACCCUGUUUAUUACAGGGUGACACAAGGUUUACUUACCCUUAUUUGCCUUUUCAAAAAUUCCAUAGUCGUUGCUGCUUAUGAUUAUGAAAGCAGCAGUUGGAGAGUUUCCCACGCUUCACCACCCAACUUCACUAAGAAUCCACACUGGCUGAAUUAUAAUAACUAUGGUUUCACAAUCUGGAUUGACAGCAAACGGGUGCUUUUCCAAGAUGAUGGUCGCCGAUUUAAUUUGUACGAGUAUGAUUCUGAGAUCAAUGGGUAUAAAAUAGCUGCAGUUUUGGACAUAGACUAUAAAAUUAGUCUUUUCCUAUGCUCCUUCGAACCAACUCUAGCUAGUGUCCAUACGACACUCUCAGUGCCAGUUGACGCCAAACAUCUGUCAGCUAUUACCGCAACCUUAGAUGACAUCAAAAGAUUUAUGGCUGACAAUACCAGUUACUAGUAGUUUUUUUUUCAGUUCAAUUUUUUUACUUACUUCUUGCUGUCAGAAGUAGCUAUUCCUUUCAAAUUUAUUGUUCUUUAAUUUUGAAUAAAAUUCCCAUAUCAUCUAAACUAAGCCAAUCAGCAUUUUCAUGGAAAUGUUGCGUGCUAUUUUUGUGCUGUCAAAGGUUGACUUCAGACAAACGAAUUAUAGCAUACAAUUACUGUCAAAUUCAAUUUCCACACAAAAUGUGUUAAAGGAAUAGAGAACCCAAAUGUGAUAAUGAUCUCUCAUAUUACAGUACUACUAUUAUGAAUUACAUACAAAUAUAAUGGCCAAAACUUUCACUUUAAUGAUCGUUAUAUCUUUCUGAAUUCAUCACCAAUAUGGAUCAUAGCGGUUUUAUAUCUAUAAAGAUAUAAUUUCUUCUAUACAUCACAAUAUGGUUAUUCCUUUAGAAAAAUCAUAAUGUUGAGCUUCAGUGAUUCAGUCCGAAUCCGUUAAGAAAAGUCCAAACACAAAUCAGCUUCUUAUGGAACUUGGGAGAAAACCUUUUAAAAA